CUUCUCUGCUUAGUGCCGUGGCCAUCAACGAAAACAGAAAACAUCCCCUUUCCGGAUCUCGCUCUCAGAACCCCAUACCCAUUCACAAUCCACCACGUGUAAAUCCUGUCUUUCCAUUGGUCCACCUUUUUCCACUCCUCCCACGUCACCAAAAUGCUGAACUUUGAUCCAGUAACACCGCGACACAUGGACGCUGCCCCGUCCUCUUGUCAAAUAAAUACAAAACCCGGGCCGUUGGCCUAACGUGAGAAAUUCAUAGACGGAAAUCUCAACUACCAAAGCCAACCGUAUAUUCCAAACUUCGCAUCCACUGUUUGAUAUUGGUCUAGCGGCCAGCGUUGAUCCUCAUCCUCCCUUUCACCUACAACAAAUAUAAACCCCACCUUUCACUCGGUUCCCUCAUUUCUCAUUUCUCCCUCUCCUCCACCGUCGACGCCACCGUUUUAAAUGGCGUCCAUCGCACUCACUACCUCCUGCUCCUCCCUCGGCUUCUCACGUAUCAAAUCACGUGCUUUCCCUUCCAGAUCGCGUUCGAACUCGGUCCUGGCCCAUCCGGUUUUCUCAAAAUCCACUUCAAGCAAUUCCAGCUUCAUUAAACCGUUAAGUGUCACUCCAAUCAUUUCAAAUAAAAGAAUCCAAAACAACCACCGGAAGUUAACUGUCGAAGCGGCUGCGUCAACUCCAGCUGCCGUAACUCCGCCAUCGCAGCAACCAUGGCAAGGUGCAGCAUUAAAGCCAUUAAUGGCGUCGAUAGCUACAGGCGUCAUCCUCUGGUUCGUUCCCGUCCCAUCCGGAGUCUCCCGUAACGCGUGGCAACUACUUUCCAUAUUCCUCGCCACGAUUGUCGGCAUCAUCACUCAACCGUUACCACUCGGCGCCGUGGCUUUACUCGGACUCGGCGCUUCAGUACUCACCAAAACCCUAACCUUCUCAGCUGCCUUCUCCGCCUUUGGCGAUCCCAUUCCUUGGCUCAUCGCACUUGCCUUCUUCUUCGCUCGCGGUUUCAUCAAGACCGGACUUGGUAAUCGAAUCGCUUACCAAUUCGUUUCCCUAUUUGGAUCUUCCUCUUUAGGUUUAGGCUACAGUUUAGUCUUCAGCGAAGCUCUAUUAGCGCCGGCAAUUCCGUCCGUGUCCGCACGCGCCGGAGGAAUUUUCCUCCCUCUAGUCAAAUCUCUCUGCGUCGCUUGUGGAAGCAAUGCGGGUGACGGAACGGAGAAUAAAUUAGGAUCCUGGUUAAUGCUUACGUGUUUCCAAACUUCUGUUAUUUCUUCUUCGAUGUUUUUGACUGCAAUGGCGGCGAAUCCAUUAAGUGCUAAUUUAGCUUUCAAUACGAUUAAACAGCAGAUUGGAUGGACGGAUUGGGCUAAGGCAGCUAUCGUGCCAGGUUUAGUUUCGUUGCUCGUUGUGCCAUUGAUUUUGUAUGUAAUUUAUCCGCCAACGGUGAAGAGUAGUCCGGACGCGCCAAAGCUUGCUAAGGAGAAGCUGGAGAAGAUGGGACCGAUGUCCAAGAAUGAGAUUAUUAUGGCUGGGACUUUGCUUCUAACGGUGGGGCUCUGGAUUUUUGGAGGGAUGUUAAACAUGGAUGCUGUUACUGCUGCCAUUCUUGGAUUAUCUGUCCUACUUGUAACUGGGGUAGUCACAUGGAAGGAGUGUCUAGCUGAAUCAGUUGCAUGGGAUACGCUUACAUGGUUUGCCGCACUCAUUGCCAUGGCUGGGUAUUUGAACAAAUAUGGUCUCAUCUCAUGGUUUAGUGAAAAUGUUGUUAAGGUCGUUGGCGGAUUAGGUCUUUCAUGGCAAUUGUCAUUUGGCAUUCUGGUUCUUCUCUACUUCUACUCGCAUUACUUCUUUGCCAGUGGAGCCGCUCAUAUUGGUGCCAUGUUUACAGCCUUCUUGUCAGUGGCUAGUGCUUUGGGCACUCCACCAUAUUUGGGAGCCCUUGUUCUCUCAUUCCUCUCCAACCUCAUGGGUGGCAUUACACAUUAUGGCAUUGGAUCUGCGCCCGUUUUUUAUGGUGCUGGCUAUGUACCCCUAGCCAAAUGGUGGGGUUAUGGUUUCCUUAUGUCUGUUGUCAAUAUUAUUAUCUGGCUCGGUGUUGGAGGCAUCUGGUGGAAGGCUAUUGGCUUGUGGUAAAGCGGGUAGUCAUAAAAUUUGCAGACACCAAGCUUUAAUUUCUCUGAUUUUUGCUCACCCUAACGUGGGAGUUUACUAUCUUUUAUUCACUUCCAAAGCAGGUUAAAAUUUUGUCUUUGAUUCUUUUCCUUGCAAAUAAUAUCUUGAUGGGGUUUAGUUGAGCCUAUGGUUGGAACAAAAAUAUACAUUUUAGUUUGUGGGCUACUAUUUGGAGCAGAAAUUAGAUAUUGUACCACAAAUUUUGACAACGGCAUUGCAUCUGCCGGCAUUUAUUAUGAGAUUAAUGACAUGAUAAUUAUUUGAA